CGAAUAGUACGUUCCGAACCUACCAGAGUACCGGACGCACGCCGUUCACUCCGAGAGCCAAGCGGCGCGCGCAGACAUCAACACGAAAACAAACAUUCAAAACACGUGUGACACUAAAUUGACAUAUUAGUGAGUGUGACAGUGGGGUGAUUUUGGCGUGAUAUAAGUUUUAUGUAACAUUUGAGUUUUUGUGAUUUGUUCGUGAUAACAGACGUGGAUAAGAGUGACUGGCUUCUCGAAUGAUGAGGAGUAGGCAACGGAGGUGGGACCUUUAUUUUGGAGACAAGCUAAAACCAUCAGGAUGACGUCGACACUAUCGCUGGUGGUAGUACCACUGCUGCUGGGAGUGGUACGUUCGGAGCCGGUGUUUGACCCCAGCACGCUGAUGCGCCUGGUGAUGGUGCCAGUGGACGCGGCCGUGGGCUCUGUCAUCUACCGCGUGCGAGCUUCUGACUCAGACUUCGACUACCCACUCCAUUUUGAACUUAUAGGUCAAAUGGGUCGUUUGGACAUCGGCAUAGAAACUCUACCGUGCACGCGAUACAACUCCGUGUGUCAAGCCAACGUCAUCUUGUUACGGAGGCUGGAACCAGGUCGAUACGUGGACUUCCGGCUUUCAGUCCGUAACACGAGAGGCAGAAGUGCUAGAAUCGCUUGCUCUAUCACAGGGACCAACGCUACCACCCCGAGGGACACUAUAUUUCCUCAUCAGCCUGGAAUAAUUUUAGUACCAGAGGACGCAAAGCGUGGUACUGAUCUGGAGAUAGUGAUUGCAAGAAAGAACCAAGUGUCCCCGAAGCCGUUGGAACUGGAACUUUGGGGUUCUCCCUUGUUUGCAAUUCGUCAGCGGCGAGUGUCCACGGAGAACACUGAAGGCACUAUAUUCCUGGUCGGACCCUUAGACUUCGAAGCUCAGUCUAUGUAUCAUCUAACCCUUUUAGCUGUGGAUCCUUACGUAGAGGUCGGCAAAGACACGAGGAACAUCGCAGCCUUGGAAGUGGUCGUGGUAGUCCAAGAUAUACAAGACAUGCCACCGGUGUUCACGUCCGCGCCACCAAUCACCCACCUGCCUCGGCAGGUGUCUCCUGGUGACCUAAUCGUGAGGGUGAAAGCUGAGGAUGGAGACAAGGGUGCUCCUCGCCCGAUCAGAUAUGGGCUGGUGUCUGAAGGGAAUCCCUUCACACCCUUCUUCAAUAUUAAUGAAACAACAGGUGAAGUGACUCUUGAAAGACCCAUUGAAGAAAUAGCAGCUAUUUCACACGCAGGCACGCCGAUCCUACUGACUGUAGUUGCUGAGGAAGUGAGGCUCUCCAGAGAAGAGCCGGAAGCUAUGUCGUCAACAGUCCAACUUGCAUUUAUUUUACCGGAAAAAGACAACUCGCCCCCAUAUUUUGAAAACGAAUAUUACAUCACAUAUCUGGACGAGAAUGCACCACAAGGUACUGCACUAACAUUCAGUGACCCCUAUAUUCCUCAAGUUAACGACAAUGAUGCUGGCAAAAAUGGUGUUUUUUCUCUUUCGCUAAUUGGGAACAAUGGGACCUUUGAAAUAUCACCAACUGUUGCGGAGAGACAUGCGCAAUUCAUUAUAAAAGUACGGGAUAACACUAUGCUGGAUUAUGAAGCCAGAAAAUCGGUUAUAUUUCAGAUUUUAGCUCAAGAACUUGGUCCAUCCACCAACCUUUCAGUUACAACAAAUGUCACCGUUUACCUAAACGAUGUUAAUGAUAAUCCACCUGUUUUUUUGGCAUUAUCUUAUGAUGCAGAGCUACCUGAAAACGUAACAGCUGGUACAAGAGUUGUGCAAGUGCAAGCGGAUGAUGUAGAUACUGGUGCAUUUGGAAAAAUCCAAUAUACUGCCAUAUUAGGAUAUUUAAAUACAUCCUUAAAUUUGGACCCUAUUUCUGGUCUUAUUACGGUAGCAACAAACAAUCAUGGUUUUGACCGAGAGGCAAUGCCAGAAUUACAUUUUUUAGUAGAGGCUAGAGAUAAUGAUGGAGUAGGUUUAAGAGUAACAGUGCCAUUAAUAAUUAAGUUAUUAGAUGUUAAUGACAACCCACCAGAGUUUGAAAGGACUUUAUAUGAAUUUGUUUUAUCGCCGAAUCUAGAUAAUUUUACAUCAGCGGCAUUUGUGAAGGCAAUUGAUAAAGACGCAGAACCACCAAAUAAUUUGAUAAGAUAUGAAAUUAUCGAGGGAAAUAGAGAGCAACAAUUUGCAAUCAAUGAAGAAACUGGAGAAAUAUGUAUCAAGGAACCAUUGAAAAAAAAUAAGGUACAAAAUAAGUUUAGGCAAAAACGUCAAGAAGACAGCGAUGAAUCUGAAGUUUAUAUAUUGACUAUCAGAGCUUACGAUCUCGGAGUACCUAGACUCACUUCGACAACAACAGUUAAGAUCUACCCACCAGAAAGUAAAACUAGAACAAUGUCAUUUAUUGUCCCUGGAUCAAAUCCAGAUCGAAAGAAAUUAGAAGAACUACUUAGCACGCUUUCUGGAGGCAAGGUCAAUAUUAUAGAUAUCAAGCCUUAUAAAGGCAAGGCAGAUGAGUCUGCAGGGUCUGAUCAAGAAAGGAGUGAAGUCAUCGCUUUAGUACGAAUAUCAGAAAAAAGUGCAAUUAACGUAGCUAAACUGCAGGAGCAACUAGCCAGGAACAAAACAAUAUAUACUACAGGGUCUGUGAGCAAUGAUGAAAAAUCUACUGUUGAUAAUAGUGACUCCAGUUUGUAUAAAGCUGAAAGUCGCCUUUUAUUCUGGUUAUUAAUUUUACUAGCUGUACUAGUGGCUCUUGUUCUCCUAUUAUUGAUAUGUUGCUGCAUUUGCGAAGGAUGCCCUCUUUACAUGCCACCAAGGAAAAGAGUGAUACGUGUCAACUCCACAGAGGACGACGUACAUUUAGUGGUACGCGACAAGAGAGCUGUGAGGGAAAAAUCGACGCAAAAUUUAGAAAAUAAAACAAUGCAAACUGCUGAGUGGAGAAGACGAGAAGCGUGGAGUGCAGAACAAGCAGAUUUGAGGACGAAACCAACUCAGUGGAAAUUCAAUAAACGAAAUCAACGAUCUAAAGAUAUAAAACCAUCGUCAACAUCAGAAUUUGUUCAUGCUGCUGAAGACAACGACUAUAAAUACGAUGAUACUAGACAUUCCUUGAGGCAAAGGGAUGGACCGAACAUAAUUUACACUAAAGAAAUGCAGUUGCAAGAGGCUUUCGCAAAUAAGCACAAGGAGUAUAUUGAAGAUCUAGACAACGAUUAUGAUAGAAUAGCAACACUUCAUCAUCGCAAAGAUCAAGACAAUGAUUCCUUAAGAAGGCAUGAAAUUGAUCGUGGUUCUGAUGCUGGUAUCGCCAACAAAUCUGAAAUCGCCAAAAACGCAGAAGAAAAAGAUGAAAGUUCAAAAAAGAUUGGAGAUAACCAAAAACACGCUUCGUCUUCUCACGGCAGAGAUCAAUAUUAUAUUAAAGAAGGCAAUACGGAAAUUUUAAGACUUGUUACCAGAGGUCAUAAUGAAGAAGAACGAUAUGUCAAUUUUCCAAUCCAUCAACAGCGCCCUGUUACAUUAAUACCUAAGACGCAAUACGUUGUUAUUGAUAAUGGAAAAGAGUUAUUGAUGGAAAGAUUUAUACGAGAACAAGGUGAAGAGGCUAAUUAUAUGAGACAGAGAAUGAACACCAAGGUCACUGAUUUAGAUGAAGUUUCUCUUGGGAAGGAAUCUAAGAUCGAUCGAUCUAAUAUAGAUGCUGCAAGAUUACAAGAACAACAUAAUUCACAGGAUAAUGUACCCGGUACAGUACCUCUAAAAUCUGAAUACCUACAAACAGCCCUUCUAGAAAUACACAAUAAAUCAACAUUAAAUCAAGAAUUGUUGGAAUCAUCACUUCGGAAACAGAAUGAAUUACUACAUCAAAUACUAAUUGAGAGAGAAAAAAUAUUUCAAAAUCAAGAAACUGCAUCACAAGUUGAAAAUAAAUUAGAAACACAAAGUUUACCUGGGCAAUCUGCUAUGGCUACUCAAACAGAAUGUCAUAUUGGAACACAAACUGAACCAAAUGUUUUCAAUGAAGUAAAAAGAAAAGCGAGAAGUGAUAAUGACUCUUAUAGCGAUGAUGAUUCACAAAAUUCUGUCAAAGAUGAGAUUACAAAGCCCGUGUGGCUUAAGCGGAAGAAACCAAAAAAGAAAAUAAAAUAUAAAGAUCCUCGACGGAGCAUCCGUGCUUAUGAAGUAAAAAGGAAAAUCAAAACACCGAUUAUAGAGGAAAGUGAUGUUUCACCAUCACUAGAGAGUGAAAAACGUGUUAAAGUAAGUAAAACAAAUGAGCGCCUUGAAAGCAAAAAGUGUUAUGGAGAUAUUACUAAAAGCACCGUUAUAACUUCCAAAAAUGAAAUUACAAGCUCUACUAAAAUAAAGUUAGAUAAUGAUAAAAAUGAAAAAUUAAGAAAAGAAAUAUUGCUAGAAAUUUCUGAUUCGCUCGAUGAAAACCAAACCUCUAAUGGGUCUAAACAUUUUAAAGAGGAAAAAGGUUCAGGAGCAAUGAAUAGAUUAUCCAAACUCCGCCACGAUAAGAGUAAAAGUAGUAGUAGCAUGAGCGAUAAAAGUCAAGAUAGUAAGUUGAUGCAAGAUGUCUCUUCAUCAGAAGCACAAGAAAACUUUAGACACCAACAAACUGUGAAAAAUGAAUUAGGCAAAUCUCUUGUUUCUCAUAAUGAGCAAGAUGACAUUAUAAAAGUCAAUAAAGACAAGAAAGAAGAUGAUGAACAUAAAGCAAAUGAUAGUAAGAUACCACAGAAAAGUCUACCUAGAUAUAUGCAGUGGUAUAGUAAGAAGACAACAGAUUCGAAACUACCGGCUGAUAAAUCUGCACCUGAUAAGCCAAAACGUCCUUCUAAGAUAAAGUCAGGUAUUGAACCAAACGAUGAAAAAUCAGGAAGGUAUGGUAAAAUAACACCCAAAGUAACGCACGAUAAUUUAGAAACAAAAAAAAACUUCAAAGUAAAAGAAAGUGAAUUUAUACAUCCAAGGAUUCUGAAAGAAGGUAAAGUAACACCUGUACCUGAGGGACCAAUGCCUGAUGCACAUCCACUCCUACAACAUUCAGAACACAGAUAUGAACAUAAAUAUGAAAAUCAGAAUCCAUUGUGUCACAUACAGCCAACUCAUAUCCCAAAAUAUCUUAAAAAUGACUCUAACAUACCUGUUUUGCCGAAAAGACAAUCAAUAGAACAACAACCAAUAUAUGUGAACCAAGAAGAAGUUAAAAGGAAACAAAAUCUACAAGCAAUUUCUGAAAGUGCACUAACACAUAGCAUUUCUAUAUCAACCAACUACGAGAAGGAUCGGAAAUCUGCAUCUGAAGUACAUGUAUCAAAAAUAAGUAUUGGUGGAGAUAACGCCAACUUAAAUAAAACCGCUGCAUCAAAGUUAGAUGACGAUGACUCGGGGAUAGCUAUGAAUACUUUAUCCCAACAAACAGGAAUCCUAAAACGACCUCCAAUUACAGAGAAAAAAAGUGUUUUUACAAUUGCCUACGAUGAUGUUCAAACAAAACAACUGAGACCUGACAGUAGUUCAACUUCGCAUUAAAAUAAAGGAAUAUUUUUGUCACUGUAUUUAAAACAUUUAUUUUCUGGUCAAACUUAUAUAAUUAGAAUAAUUAAAUGUGCCUUAUUUUUAUAGUGUAAAGAAUCUGCACUCCGUCCUAAAGUAUUAUUAGGUGUAUUUGUAGAAUUGUAUAUACUUUAGUUAUUGUUAUAAAUUAGUUAUAUCGAAUUGAUAUUAAAUUAUAUAAAAUCAACUGCCUUCAUCAAAUGACUGUUGUUUAGUUAAAACGUGUAUUGUAUAUAGUAUCUUAGACACGUCCUAUUAAUUUAUAGCUUUAAUACAAUUGUACAUACUGUUUUCCAUUCAAAGUGAUCGUACUUACUGAUACAAUAAUUGUUAUUAAACGGUAUUGUAUUUGUUACAAAAUAUAAUAUGAUUCAUGUAUA